AUGGAUGUCGAUAUUUCCAAGUACGCCUGGGUUGCGGUAAAAGACAAUGGGCAACGGUCGUUCCACCACCCUAAGAGUUCAAAACGGUCCACAUUGAUGGAGAUGCGUUUAUUCGAAGCAGAAGAAAACAGCCGUCUCCAGACGAAUCCUAAGGAAGCUAAUGGCAUCGAGGUUGAAGACAGCGAGGCUGUUGCCCUUGAUGCUCGUCCUUCCAGCAUCAAGGGUGAAGACUCUAUUCCACUUGAAGAGCGGGAUGCGAACUUUGGCGAGGGUUAA